UACCGUCAUCGCCUUUCAAAAUUGUCGUAAACAAGCGAGAUUUGAUUGCUGACUGCAUAAUAGCUAACAGAUGUCCUGGCCUAGUGCAACUUACUCUCCUUUCAUUACUCAUCCAUGUCGUCUUUAGAAGUGGUGUGGUGAAUCAUCGAUAUUCGGUAAGCCAGGGAGCAGCAGACGCUGCACUCGGCUUCAGUCGCUCGUAAUACAACCUGGCGUUCGGAGGUGGUAGCCGUCGUUUUUCGACUUCCAAACAGUUGCGGGCCCUCACAAAUGGGCAGCCAAGGUGAUAGGGGAGCCCAAGACACUUACCAACGUUUCGAGGAUGACGCCGAUCCUUGGAAUAAGCACCAUGUUGAAGGAUACGCCAGCGGUAGUCCUAAAUAUGGAUCUAUGUUGUCUUGCCCUUCCUCAGACAGCCGAAUGAAAAUGCAGUCUACGGCGGCUUUAGAUACUCCCAAUGAAAUGGGUCAUCGUAUUCUACCUGGGAUGGAUUCCCAGAUACUUUCAGAAAGUAUUUCUUUGUCUCGCAAUCCUAUUGUAACUUUUGAUCCAGAUAUGUAUUGGGAAAUGAAUUACCACGAAGCUGCUAUCUUUCUUGAAGAAGGUCGAAACAAUGAGAAAUUUGAUUCUCAUCCGAGGCACCCAGAAGAUUUGCCAGCAUAUUUAUUAGUUCAUAACAGUUGGUAUUAUGGUCUCGACUUAUUUACAUCUUUAGUAUUAUUGGGAUUGGCUUUUGUAGAGGAGCCAGCAGUACCACUUUUUCAACUUCCUGUUUGGGUUCAUGGUUCAAUAGAGCUUCUAGCUCUAAUAACCAUCGCUAUUGAAUUGGCCUUAAAAUUAAGAUGGAUUGGAUGGGGAACCAUGCUUAAGCAUAAACGAACAAUGUUAAAGUGUGUCACACUGUUUAUAAUGUUCAUUGAAGUACUCAUCGUUUUAGUUAGGCAAUCAUCCCAUUUCAGGGUCACACGUGCAUUACGUCCGAUUUUUUUAGUUGAUACAAAAUAUUGUGGAGGUGUCAGAAGAUUUAUUAGACAAAUUUUACAAACUCUUCCACCAAUUCUGGACAUGCUCGGGCUUCUGCUGUUCUUUAUUUCAACUUACAUGGUCUUAGGAUAUUAUAUGUUUUUCGAAUUAAACAGACAUUUUGCAACUUUGCAGGAUAGUUUUGUUAGUCUCUUUGUUUUACUUACCACAGCAAAUUUUCCAGAUGUUAUGAUGCAGUCAUUUUCAAAAAAUAAAUGGUACGCCAUUUACUUUGUGUCAUAUCUUUGUACUAUGUUAUAUGUCAUGAUGAACCUUAUGCUUGCGGUUGUCAAUGAGACCUUUACAUCGGCAGAACGAGACAAAUUUAAAAAGUUAUUUCUUCACAAGCGAAAAGCUUGUCAACAUGCUUUUAAGCUUCUUGUAUCCAAGCAAAAUCCAGAACAAAUGCGUUUUAAACAGUUUGAAGGAUUAAUGCGUUAUUAUGCUCCUCAUAAAUCAAUUAAAGAUACAGUAUUGAUGUUUCGUUAUUUGAAUAUAUCAGGAAAUGGUGUUUUGUCCUCUGACGAAUUUCUUAAUGUAUAUGAUGCUACUGUAUUGACAUGGGAACCUCAAUACUCGAGCGUUCCCUGGUAUCAUAUGACUUGGCCACCUUUGCAAAUUUUUUGCCAAGGAGCUCAUGCUGCUAUCGCUUGGCCUUAUUUUGAAACUCUUGUUUACACUGUAAUUAUUGGUAAUGGAAUUGCUAUGGUAUGUCGUUUGAUUCAAACAGAGCCUAAUCGAGAAAAAUCUGCUCAUUUAUUUGCUGCAUGCUGGGAUACACUGUUAUUUGGCGGUUUAUUCGUAGCAGAAGCUCUUACAAAGGUCAUGGGUCUUGGGAUUCGACGUUAUUUGAGUUCAGGAUGGAAUCUUUUUGAUCUUGGUACAUCAAUGUUGGUUCUAAUAGGAGCUUGUGGUCUGACAUUAUUUCCAACUGCUGUUUUUUUUGUUGUAUUUCGACCACUUCGAAUGCUGCGACUUUUCAAAAUAAAGAAACGAUAUCGCGAUGUUUUUGGUACAUUAGUUAUUCUCUCGCCAUUAAUGUGUUCUACCGCAAUUGUUAUGCUUGUGCUCUAUUAUUUCUUUGCAAUUAUCGGAAUGGAGCUUUUCGCUGGAUACGAUAUGAGAAACUGUUGCAAGAAUACAUCCGUAGAAGAUUUUUAUAAAUACUCAGCUAAUGGUAGUACAAGUUUAGGAUAUUAUUACUUAAAUACUUUUGAUAAUCUAAUGGCCAGUGGUAUGACAUUAUUUGAACUCACGGUUGUCAAUAAUUGGUUUGUCUUGAUGAAUGCUUAUGCAGUUACUGUGGGAAUGUAUACGAGAGCUUACUUUAUGACUUUUUAUUUAAUAACGAUGAUAGUUUUAACGAUCGUAGUGUCUAGUUUUCUGGAAGCGUUUCGUUUCAGAAUUCAGUAUAAAAAAUCAACUACAAAACGAGACGAAGAGAAAAUGUUACACGAAGAAGUCGAGUUAAAAUAUGAUGAAUUGCAAUUGAUCGUUCAAGACUUUCAAUUGAUAGAACAAAUUCGAGGAAUAAUACCGGUUAAUACUUCAUCACUAUUCAUUGGCUCGAGACCUCGAACAAGAGAAGUUUUACAGCGGCGAAUGUAUAUUCAUGAGAUAUUUGAAUGGCUAUCGGAAGCUAAAUCACAAGAAAGAACAAAUACGCCAAGUGCAAUUAAUGAUAUCGAUGAUGGUAGUAGAGGUGAUCGUGUUGUCGACACAGACAGUGCGAUAUUAAACAGUGUUGCGUUGACACAAAGAACACCAAGUACUGCUUUAAGUUCUAUGUAAUUAUCACAUGUACAUAUAGUAAUUAAGAGUUAUGUUUUCUGUAUUUCAAAAAAAAAAAAAAAAAA